AUGGCGGAGAAGAUGCAAAGCACGGCAAAUGUGUCGAAUGGCACGAACGGUGCAUCCACAAGGCCGCCACUGAAGAAGCAAGAUAGCGACAAGGAGUUUGACGAUUACUUCAUUGGACCGCGCGACCUCGAUCAUCACUCGAAAUGGCCUGUCUUUCUCCGCAUUCAUGGCAGUGUGACACCAGAAAUGGUCCUGCCCCUGCUCUUCGUAGCCGGCUGGUCAAGCAUGAUUACGCUGAUAUCAAAGUUUGUACACGACCUUAGCGUCAACCAGCUCCUGCUUACCGUUCUUGGUUUCGUCGUCGGUCUGGCGCUGAGCUUCAGGAGUUCUACGGCCUACGAGCGCUACAAUGACGGCCGCAAAUACUGGGCACAACUCACUUUUGUGUCCCAGAAUCUUGCACGUCUUAUCUGGAUUCACGUUGACGAACGACACGAGAAGGACGCUGAGCUCGGCAAACAAGACCUUCUGGCCAAAAUUAACUGCCUUAACCUGAUCGCCGCUUACGCAGUCUCGCUCAAGCACAAGCUUCGAUUUGAGCCCGGCGUGCACUACGAUGACUUGAAGCAUCUCGUCGGCCACCUGGACACCUAUGCACGAGAUGCCGAUCAGCCAACUCCCAAGAAGCCAAAUAUGUUCAAGACGGCAGGUCAGUUCCUCGGGCUUCCCAUGGCCGAGUCGAACCCGCGGAAACUAUUAAAGCGCUCGCGUGUCCCACUUGGCAAUCUCCCUCUGGAGAUCCUCAACCACUUGAGUGUCUACAUGAAAUCAAUCUACGACAACGGCACCUUCAAGGUUUCCAUCUAUCAAACGCAAUCCCUCAAUGCGCUCACCACCUUCAACGAUGUACUCGCCGGGACUGAACGCAUCCUUUCAACUCCCCUCCCCUUGGCGUAUAGCAUUGCCAUCAGCCAAAUCACAUGGGUGUAUAUCCUUCUCCUGCCCUUCCAGCUGUACAAGCUCUUGGGAUAUAUUACCAUCCCAGCAAGCGUCUUCGCGGCAUAUAUCAUCCUGGGUAUCGCACUUAUCGGCCGCGAAAUCGAAAACCCAUUCGGAGAUGAUGUGAACGACUUGCCGCUCGACGCAUUCUGCCUGCAGAUCAGGAAAGAUGUAGAUAUCAUCAUGAGCAAGCCAGCUUCGAGUAUUGAGGAGGUGGUCAUGCAUCCGGACAAUCAACUCCUAUACCCGUUGAGUAAUUUGGGCAGUGCAGGAUGGGCGGCAAAAAGCGUGGACGAGAUUAGGGAUGCAUUGGCGAGCAAGCCUGGCCUGCACUUCCCGUUGGUUGAACACGGCGAGCAUCCGAAGCCAGGUCACUCGGUCAGUACUGGUGUUCGCCGUCGCACGACGAGUGAUGACAGUGUUGAAAGGGGCGAAGCCGGUGCAGGCGAUGGUGGGGAUUGA